UUGGCAAUACCCGCGUUUCCCUUGGAAAAAUCCUCUCUCCCCUUUUUCCUUUGUUUUUUUUUCUCUUCUUUCUUCCCAUUCAUAUAUCCUUCAAAUUUCCCUCCAUUUCACUACUUCCACCAAAGCCACCCCAUCACCGACGGUGUCACCCGACCGACUCUUCUCUUUUCAACACGUCUUCAUCAAUCACCCCCCAGAUUACUCUGCUAGGGUUUUCUUCCUCAGCCAUGAAAAUCACUUUCAUGUUUUAACUCUCAACGGUGUUUCCUCUGAACUUGUGGACAUGGAAGUUAAAGAUCAAAAUGAGCAUAACCUAGAAAAGAAGAUGCUACCACCAACAACAGGAACUUUUCAGUCUCGUGAAGAACUGCUUAAGCAUGUCCGUGACUUUGCAUUGACCCAAGGAUAUAUGGUAUCCAUUAGGGAUUCUGCAAAGGAUAGGUAUGUGACUGUUGCUUGUGAUAGAGGUGGUGUUUAUCGUAAAAGGCUCAAGAAUGGUGAAAACAUGCGCCAAAGAAAGAAUGCUUCUCGCCUUACAAAUUGUCCUUUUGAAGUUGUGGGCAAAAAGGAUGAUGAUGUAUGGACACUCACGGUUAAAAAUGGAGAACACAAUCAUGAACCUUCAAAAGAUACUUCUGACCAUCCUUCUUGCCGUCGUUUUACAGAAGAGGAGGUAUUGAUAAUAAGGGACAUGAGUGCAGCUGGGAAACGGCCACGCCAGAUCCUCAAGGCGUUAAGGCAAAGAAAUCCAAAUCUUGUAUCAGAUUCAAGGAAUGUUUACAAUGUCAAAGCUAAGAUCCGUCGAGGGAGUUUAUCAGGUGAGGACAUUCAAGUUUCUUUAGAAGGCAAGAAAGCGGAGGCGUCGUGUUCAUCAUCGAUGGAGACGAUGAACACCAAUGGUGUUGCAGCGACAGUGACACAGACUCAGCCAAUGGUCCAUAAUAGUUUUGCAAUGUCACAGGCGUACGUGGAGAGCAAAGAAGUGACUGAGACAAAAGCUUUAGUGGCAGAGCUGUGCCAACAUUUCUAUCCGCUUGGUUGGCUAUCGGGUACUGGGGGGAGCAUCACUAUUAGGGUGCAUGACGGCUCCAUUCCUAGACAGCAUCAGCUCAUUGUCAUGUCUCCUUCUGGUGUUCAGAAGGAGAGAAUGGUAGCGGACGGUAUGUAUGUGUUAUCUUCAGAUGGGUUUAUAAUGUCAACACCUUCUUUGAAGCUGUAUCCCUAUCAACCUCCAAAGUGCACCGACUGUGCUCCUCUCUUCAUGAAGGUUUAUGAAAUCUGUAAUGCUGGGGCUGUUAUCCACAGUCAUGGACUGGAGGCUUGUCUUGUUACAAUGAUCAAUCCUUUCUCGAAGGAGUUCCGAAUUACUCAUAUGGAGAUGAUAAAAGGAAUUCAAGGCCAUGGUUAUCAUGAUGAACUUGUGGUCCCAAUAAUUGAGAACACUGCCCAUGAAGGAGAGCUCACAGAAUCUCUUACAGAAGCGAUGAGAGCAUAUCCAAAAACAACAGCCAUACUUGUUCGCAACCAUGGAGUGUAUAUAUGGGGAGAUUCAUGGAUCAGCACCAAAACUCAGGCUGAAUGCUAUCAUUAUCUUUUUGAUGCUGCUAUCAAGCUUUAUCAGUUGGGGCUGGACUGGUCCAGUCCAAAUCAUGGUCCCCUACGCAGUAUAAAUGGACUUUGGGGAUGUUCUGGGAAUUCCAGUAGGGGUCCAAAGGUUGGGACUUUUGGUCUGGAUUACAUGAUUGAGCCUUCUCAGCGUUGUCUACUCCUUACUAUUGAAGGGACAGUGACCCCUAUGUCAUUCGUGACUGAUAUUCUCUUUCCCUAUGCCCAUGAUAAUGUGCAAAAACAUUUAGCAAUGACAUAUGACAGUGAAGAAACUCAGCAUGAUAUUGACCUGCUGCGUUCCCAAAUACAGGAGGAUCUGGAACAAGGUGUUGCUGGAGCUGUGCCUAUACCUCCAGAUUAUGUUGGGAAAGAGCUAGUGAUUGCUUCCUUGGCUGCUAAUGUUGAAGCUAUGAUUAGCACUGACAGGAAGGUCACUUCCCUAAAACAACUAGAAGGCCAUAUUUGGAGAGCUGGAUUUCAAAGCAAUGAGUUGGUUGGUGUUGUAUUUGAGGACGUACCUGAAGCUCUUGAGAAGUGGCAUGCUUCAGGCACCAAGGUGUACAUAUUCGCAAAUGGUAGCAGGGAAGUACAACAACUUUUGUUUGCUAACUCUAACUAUGGGGACUUGAGAAAAUACUUGUGUGGGUUUUUUGAUACCACAGUGGGAAACAAACAAGUCGCGCGUAGUUAUUUUGAGAUUUUGCAAACUGUGGGAGUUGAUAGACCGGCAGACAUGUUAUUUGUAACAGAUAGCUUUCAGGAAGCUGUGGCAGCCAGGGCUGCAGGUUUGGAAGUGAUAAUCUCCAUCCGUCCAGGAAAUGGACCUCUCCCGCAGAAUCAUGGGUUUAGAACAAUUGCAUCCUUGUUGGAAAUAUAAGAACCAUGUUCUGUUUUCUAUAAUCUAAUGAUCCAUUUCAUAAUUUGGUGUAAUGUUGUCAACUCAAGCAUAUUUGUUCCUGUAUAUAGUGUUUUGCCCCCUUUUUUUUUUGUCCUUUUUAU